CGUUGCCUUCAAUUAUAGCAUUAUCGUUACUGUCAUCACCAUCGUCAUAAACAUUAUUAUUAUUACACAAGUAUUAUUAGUUUUGUUUGUCGCUUGACAGGACACCUGCGUUAAAGUUAUUAUUCACACGCCCUGGUCUGAAUGUGGAGGUCACUUUGACACGACACACAUGCAGCGCAUGCGUUUUGACGUGGCGGUGGUAUGCAGUUCACAGAUAAGCAACCUGAUUGGAUUAAUCAGGCACCAAGCCAUGCCUUUAUCUCAGAACAUCAAGGUCAACUGAGUUUACGAAUCCCGUGCAAUACCUUCAUUCUCGAAAACGCUCCCCACCGUGCCUGAUUGCCCUGUAAUACCGCGUGUACGUGAAGGCUGUGAUGGUGGAUACUUGCCGCGGCCAUUUGUUUCUUGUUGGCGAUUUACAGUUUAUGUCCGUCAAGGUGAACGUCUGGCUGCCGACCACGUUCCAAGAUGGCGUCAAGACCAAGGCUCACGCCAGCCUUGAACUUUCCGACGGCACCUACAUCAGCUGGGCCUUCAGGAACAAUGACGACACCAGACACGACGACAUCAUGAGACAGUCAUUUCGCGAGGAUCUGAAACGGGAACAGAGACGACCAGAGAAAACCUACUUCAUCAAACCCGGCAAACUUGAAGAGGACGCCAUGAAAGCAUGGUGGACAAAAUGGUGGCGAGACGACGUGUGGCGCCGACAGAUGCCCGUGUGGCCGCUGUACACGGUGUUCGAAGCCUUGUCGGUGGGUCAGAAGGGUUACGAUAUCCCCGAAGCGCAAGGGAUAUAUAUGAACCAUAAACAGUUGAUCAAAUACAUGAAAAGUAACAAGCUUAUUAUAACCAACGGGAGUUGUGUGGUGACAUGAGACGGAAAGGAACGUUGUCAAAAGUGCUGUGAAUAUUCUCUUUUGUGCUACAGUUUGGAUUCGAAGAUUGCCAUUUGGUGCUUGUAUGGAGCCGUUGCAGCGUCAUUGAUAUGUGUUGUUAUUCUGUUCGUGUUCACUGGUUAGCGAGUGCCAACAAGAUGACGUCAUCGUCAUUAUUAUUCUUCGCCCAUGCGCAUCUAAUCAAAUUUUGUCUUGAACAUGUUUGAAACGGCAAUUUUACUUCUUACGAGAAUAUUAAUGAUCUGAAUGUUCCGUGUACAGACUUCUUUGGUGUGCUGAUAAUGACAAAGAUGACGUUUGUAUAAAUCUUUAACCGUCAUAACAGAUGAAACUGUUCAAAGUGAGAAAAUAUAUAAAUGUGAUGAAGAACAGCGUACAUGCCUCAUUUAAAAAAAAUAUGUUUAAAAAAAGAGACUGGUUAAUAUAUGUAUGGCAUAAUGGGUUUUUUUAAAAAUAAAACAUAAUUCGUUUA